AGAAGGCUUGAUAAUCCCAAAAGUGCAUCAAGUGAGCUCCGCUGUGUCAAAUUUUUUUUUUUUGAAUAACACCCACAAAACUGCUCAAAAUGUCCCGUAUUCCUCAACUUAAAACGGAAACCUCUCACCGUGUGGUUCAAGACCCUACUCCUUCUCGACUCCCUCGAGGAGUUUCCCGUGUUACUGAAGUCUCCCAGCGCAAUCCCCGAUCCGGUGUUGGGCGUCAAUUAGGGGUGGUAAAACCUGAAGAACCUCCGCAACCUGGGCCGUCGAAAUUCCAAAAACGCGUCUUCAAGCAGACUUUAGCCAAGUCAGUGGCGGACCCUGGAAGAAAAGUGCGGAGUGUGGCUGCUUCCCACUCACAAAUAAAACCCCCAAAAGUGCAAACGAAACGAGGGGAGGAAUGUGUAGCGCAGCAAAUGACGUUAGAGACGACGGUUCAGAGGUGCCCCAGGGCGGAGUAUAUCGGCAAGACCAUGAGAGGGGUUGAUGUAGCCCCGACAGGGGUGGCGCGGCAGUUAGAGAUUACGUCGCAACAGAUAGACCCAACACAUGCAACGGAAUCGGCCGGUAUUAACGAAACCGUUUCAGUCACUAGCACGCUCUCGAUUACUUCAGGUGGGAAACAGUUGAAAAAAACAUACAAGAAGCAAACUGCCAUUGCCCCCAAAUUAGCCAAGAAGCCGAAUUUGAAUCCUCAUCACGUUAAUCGAUUAGUUAAAGAAGAAACCGAAGAUGUGGAGAAUACUUUGAAGAUGGUGCCGCCGAAUUUGGUCUCCUCGUCUGUUGACAAGUUUCCUUUAAAGAAAAAGUUGCAAAGGUUGAGACUUAAUGCCGAACCUAUGAGUCUUUUGACUCAGUCCGUCAUCCAUCCAGCGCCUACUGCUGAUGAAGUUGAUGCAGAAGCGCCUCCGGAGGUUAUGGCAACUGUUAUAGAUGCCGUUGAAAAGGGGGCAACUCCAGACUCGGCUCCUAAUCAAAUUUUCAAUAGUCUUUUCCCCGAAGUGCACGAACCUCGAAUUAGAGUCAGUUCGGUAGCUCCUGGACCUUUGGAGGAUGUAGUUGUCCCGGUAGAUCCAGCUGUACGAGUGGUAGACGAAGCAUUAACAUCUGAAAUGGAGGACUUCAUAACUUCCGAAGUCCAAAACAAGCAACAAUUGCCCAAAGAUGAUCUUUGCACUGAGAAUAAUAUUUCAGCAACGGAGCGCGCCCCUAAAGGGGAGAAUAAAACCCCUGAAAUGUUUUUGGAGGGCGAGGCAGCUCCUUGGGAGGAUUUCACCGUUCGAAAAAUUUCCAAUUUGGUGGGAGGGGACCCAAUUGAUCUUUUAGACACGAGUGAUCUUUCGGCACUCGAAUCCCCCGCUGACGUCAGUCAGGAAUUGUCCAACGGCAUCGAUUAUUUCCUUGAUGCCGAUGUCGUACCUUACGAAACUAAAAUUCAAAUUCGGGGGUCGAAGAUUCCCGCGUGGUUCCCCGGAUAUGUGUCAGCUUUCCCACAUUUACCUGAACUUGUUAAAGUUACGAAAAGUCCGAGUGAAGUACUUCACGCGGCUUGGAAAGCUGUCCAACCGAAAGUAUUCCCGGACGAUUCACUCUUAAUUGUCUAACAUGAAAAACGCAAUAGAAUAAAUGAUAUUUAUAGCAACA